CACGGCACUGCAGGUACACUGUACAGUCACUGAGUACUCUAUUUCUACUGAAAUUAGACUCCAACGUCCAAGCAGUGAUAUUUUUCCCUGAAAUUGAGGUCACAAACACUUUUGAGCCGGUACACGUGCAACGAGAGAGGAAUGGUUUGUGGUAAACAAAAGACAUUCUGAAGUUCCGGAAAUGACAGAAAGUGCGUCGAACGCGUCUUGUAUGAAGCCUUUUCUGCAUGAGCAGGGAUGGAAGUACGACGCGUUCUUAUGUCAUACGGGUAAAGACAAACACUUCGUACGUUGUGUAUACAAUGAGAUGCUGAAACGUCAAAUGGCCACGUUCUUGGAUGUUGAAAGUUUGACAGGGGGAGAGAGAGCACAAGUAACGAUUGCUGACGCCAUUCAGAUGUCUCCUUUCUUUGUCGUUGUGAUGAGCCAUUAUUUCAAAGACCAACGUUAUCCUGAAGCGGAAGCAGAAGCAGCACUCGCAUUUGAUGACGCAAACAUGAAGAUUUUACCAGUUUUCUAUGGCAUGACAGCUGAUGAGUGCGGUAAUUCUAAAAACAGGAUAUGUAAUCAAAUGUCUUCUUAUACGGGUAUCGAGAAAAAAACGAGAACAGACGAAAAUUUCGCUAUAGAAGUUGCCAAGUUUGUUGAACGCAAAGUUCAGGAACAAUGGCAUGAUGGGAAGCUAAAAGUCUGUAGACUUUGUGAUUUUUUUGGGAUCUACAAGACAGAUCUUGGUCCUUUGGAAGAAUUGAAAGACAAACAUCUUCAACGCAAGCAUAAGCAUACUUGGGCCUAUUGGACAAUUCUGCUUUCGUCACUAUUGUUGCUUGCUUGGAUGUUCGGUCCAGGUUUAGUAAGGGUUAAUCAUGCAGAAAAUAUUGGCAAAGUUGCCAUAUUCCCGUCAAAAUAUGAAAAAGAACAUUUUCAGAUCUUCAUAGGCCGAGAAAUUGAGCUCAAGAAUAUAACAAAUGCUUUCUGGAAAGACGAAAAGAGAGUUGAUCCUCAACAGAUGAUACUUACUGAGACAAUAGCACAUUAUAUUAGUGGAAUGGGUGGAUGCGGUAAGACAGCUCUGGCAGCAGCAUAUGCUCGAGAAUGUCGACAUUUAUACGGCGGCGGAGUAUUUGUGUUCAAUGCUCAGUCUUAUUCGUCGUUUCAACACUCUCUAAGAAAUCACUUGAAUGAUCUUGCCGUACAUACUCAAUCAGAUGUGGACAUCUCCCCAGACUUUACACAAUUUAUGUUACUUCUUGCUAACCGUGGCAACGUUUUGUUAGUCUACGACGGUGCCGACAACUUGGACGUUAUUGAUGAUUAUAUCCCCAAUUUGAAAACAAAAUGUCAUAUUCUCAUAACUACUAGAAUGUCAAAGCAUAAGCUAUUGCAGCCCGGCAAUUUUCUUUCCCUCAAGCCUCUGAACCAGAGUCUGGCUUUAACAGUAUUACUCUAUUUCGCUGGUUACAGAGACUCUAGUGAACUACCAGAGAGGGAAUUAGAAAGUGCUUGGGGAAUAGCUAACGACCCACCCGUCGAAUCUCUUCCUUUAGCGGUUAAGCAUGUAGGGAUGUAUUUGGAAGAAACCAAGUUUGUGCUAAGUUUUUCAACGUACUUACAUCGUUUGCAAACUCGCUUGGAGAACAUGAAAAUGUUGAUAACCUCCGACUUGGAAGAAUUGUUGCGGUACUGGCGGAUGAUGCACGUGAAAAAAGUUUUGAAAGCUGAGAAUAUCAACAGCGUCGGAGCCUUUAACAGAACGAACCUUCGAUUGUUGGCUAAUAAAAUUGACUCUCACGAUAUGAAGAUGCUGACGUUGAUGCAGCAACGUCUGCUUUCCAACUCCCACGCCUCUAUUCCUUGGGAGAUGAACAUUGAAGACGUGUUAUUGUCUGGUGACUCUGAUCCUAUGAACGUGUUGAUAACGGCAUCUCUUCUUCAUUCUACUAACAUUUCUUUAGACCUACUGAGAGAGGUUACCAUUCCAAUGUCAAAUGAUGAAAUUGGACGCAGCAAGCGCAUCAUUCUUGCCGUCGGUCACUUGUCGAAAUAUUCUCUUGUUGAGGCUGUCGUAGAGUACGCGAUGAGAAACAAAACGUACGUUUCGCGGUUGCAGUCUUUGUGCACCCAUCUUGCCAUCAUUUUUCCGCGUAGCAAGAAAAAAUGCGGCAGAAGCUGUUCUAGAAAGCGAUCUCGUGUUGGAUCAGAGUUGUUGGAAAUUAGUUAG